CACCAAAACUCUCUGCCUUCCAUACCCUAUUCCACACUGAACUUUCUGACAACAGUCCUCAGCCACGUGGUACCACCAUGGUGUUGAAAAGUGUGGAAAUAGAUCCUGUUGAUCCUGGGAUGAAUUCUUUUUCUUUUUCUUCCCCCUUCCUCCACUCAAGGGGGGAGGGGGGGAAGGUGUUUUUCUUCCCCUCCCUGUGACCUAUUACCUAUUUCCUUGAUUGCCUUUUGAGCUCCUGAUGAGACAAGACCUUCAGCAUUAAGCUGGUUAUGGGCUAUUUUUUUGUUUUUCACUCAGUAUGGUGAGCUUAUCAUAAAUUUAAAAUGGAAUAAAAAUGAUCAUGCAGGUAUAUGUUGCAGUUAAUAUUUUUAUUUCAGGUAAUUUUUGUUUUUCCUUUGUUUCAAAAUCAUUAGCAUACAUUACCAUACCCAAAAACAAUGGAAAAAAAAAUUAACUGAGAUAAAAAAUUCACUACAACAUAUAUCCAUGUUGCAGCUGUAACAGGAGGAGGAGUUGGAGGUCCGGAGGGUAUUGCAGUCAAAUGCUUGUGAGGAACAGAGAAACCAGUUGGAGAAAGAAAUGAAGAAAAUUGGAGAAGGCCUCAAGAGAAAUAGCAAAUAAAAUGAAAAAAAAGAAAAGAAAAAAAGAAAACAGGAAAAAAAAACAAUUUUCAUUGAGGCCAAGCAGUUGGCUGCUCAGUUGCAUGUCUGGGUAGCUUGACCAUUUGGUUAAUAAAAUUCUCAAAACCACAAACAAACCACUCUAAGAAUUUGAUAAAAUGUUAAAAAAAAAUUGUUUAUUACUUUUAUAAAAAUAAAGUUGUUUGUUUACAAUUCUACAACCAUUUUUUCAUUUCUUCCUUUUCCCAUAGUUCUUUCCUCUGUUUUACUUUCCUCUUACUCUUUCUCCACUUCCACAAUGUGCUUUUAUGUACCCUCUAUACCUGGGGUGGAAAGUCACCUGAAAAUUUGAAAUUAGCCAUGCAUUAAAUAAAGCUUCCAUUAUAAUCAUUCUUUCAGGAAAUAAAGCUGCUACUUUGGCGGUAAUUCUAAAAAGCACUGUGUUCCACGAUACAGUGCCUUGAUUCAGCAAAGAAGCCUUGACCCUUUUGUUUUAAAAGUUAAAGAUUUUCUUUUGGUAGCAGAGAAAGGCCCCCAGUUCAGUGCAUUACAAAUAAUUAUCACCUACAAAGUUAUCUAUCAUCUAAAUUAAAAAGGAACAACCAAAUCAUUUCCUUGUGGUACCUGCCUAAUAUCAAAAUGAAUAACUAAAAUACUGAUAAAUAAAUAAUAAUUAUUGAAGUAGGGUAUAUCCAGGCCGUUUUAGCUUAACAAAACAAAAACACAAGGUAAGUCAUUCUCAUUUCUAUUUUUGUCAAAAAAUGGAAUUUAGGACGUAUUUUGUUUAUUGUCAUACAUUCUCUUAUAAAUUCAAAGUCCAACAAACUCCUUCAGAGUUUGGGCUACCUGUGGAUGGGGCAACAUUUCAUGACAGGAUGGACAAUAAAGGGGCUGCAUUUUCAACACCUUCAAUGUGACUGGAAAUUACAAAGGUUCACACAGCAGAUUCAGGAAUACAAAAUGACUAACUUGGAAUCACAUAGUUUACAUUUGCCAAAAGUAGCUAACAUUGGGCCUUUUGGUCAUAGAAAAGACUGUAAAAGGAUUUGGGUUCUGGUUGGCUAAUUGUGCCAGAUACCCAGCGCACCAAAAGGUUGACCCGAGUAUCCCACAGGUUGUGAGGGUCACUUUGGUUCUUAUAAUCUCAUAAAGUACCCAUUCUUCUCACACUAAACUAAACAGCAACUUACCACUUAAAAGUGAAAAAAAAUCAACCAUAAUAUAUAAGAAAACAGAAAUAGUUUAUGUUGAGCCAUAAAUUCAACAACUGUCUGCUAUCCCUUGGGGGGGGGGGGUACUCCCUUAUAUGGCCUCCAUGGGGAUGUGCCGCUGGACAGGGUAUGGUUUUCGUCCUCUCUGUCCUGAACAGGGUAUAUGGUUUGGCACAAGUCUGUCCUAAACAGGGUAUACAAUUUCCUGCAAGUCUGUCCUAAACAGUGUGCAUGAUUUGUGCGAGUCUGUUAUAAUUAUAAACAGGGUGUUUCAUGCAUGAUCGAUUUCGUCUUAGUGCAAAUGUUUGCAGAUAUUUAGUACGUAAUCACUCAAAGCAUUUACUGGAAUAAAUAUAAAUGUUAUUGUUCUUGGCACCCUUGUCUAAAUAAGAUAAGUACAAGUUGACAGGUGUGCUUGAUAACCUUGUCCCCAUCUGAGGGAGUUGUCCUAUCUGGGUACUAAAGUUGAGGGUGUUAUCCUAAACAGGGUAUGGGUUUCAAACCCUCAGCGGCUCACCUAUACCCAAAUAUUGGCCGAGUACCCCUCCCAACCCCCCUCCCCCCCUACACCGGGCUGCUAUCUUAUAGGCAAGCUUCGAAUUAACUGAGCCAUAGUUACACAAUGGUUGACUGUAUUUGUACCCUCUUUGUAAACGUAACAAUCAUUUUUAUAUUGGGAAGUUCAGUAAUAAUAAUCCAGAUGGCCAAAACUUCCAUAUUUUGGCCAUCCUUAUUCUGAAGUAUCCACCUUAUUCUGAGCUAUCCAAACAGAUACUUUGCUAUGAAUAAGCUUUACACGGCAGUCGCGGUAGUGGUACUGUAAUUAAACAGACAUUGUUUGCUCCUUGCACUUAAUUCUUACAAAGAACGUGAAAACAACUAACCUCUAUGUACGCUUUGAUCCAUAUUUUGGAGUAACCAUUCUCAUCAUAGCCUUCUUCAGUCUUUGUAUACUUAGUCUUUCAACACAACAAGGUCGUAAAGAGUCGGAGCGAUUUGCCGAAAAAUAAUUUUAUUCAGUUCCAGUCUCCGAGCGGAUACCUGAUUUUGGAGUAUCU